GUAUACCUCUCUCUCUCUCUUUCUGUCUCUCUCUUUCUCCCCUCCCUCUAUCGUCGUCGCAGUGUCUCCCCUCGCUCACUUGUCACUUGCCCCUCUCGCACAGGACCAGUUCACUCACUCACACAAACCGUACUGCGGUCCGGUGUCAGAGGCAACACCACUGAUCUCCGUGCGGGACGCCGUUAAGACCAGAUGGAGACCCUUCAAACGGCGAGCAGAGAGGACACCGGACCGUUCAAAAAGCCACUGAAAGAUCACUGCGAAAGUGACGAUCACCGAGAAACAAACUAUGUAGACCUGGGCAACCCAUCGGACAUGAAGUCUGACAGCACUAAGACAGUAAAAGUCACUUUCACAGGCGAAGGGAACCAACUGGCAAUAUUCAAAUGUAAAGGCGACACAUCCAUCUCCGGGAAUAAGAGUCCCGGGGAGCGCGAGGAGACUGGAAAACCGGAGAAAACUUCAUCGUGCCAUUCUGAGGGACUUUAUGAAAAACGCGCUCCGCUAAUAGAUGAUUAUGUGGACGCGGGAAGGAACGUGAAAACCGAAAAUCUAAAAUCUGCGUCGUAUGAAACAGAGGAGUUACAAUACACCGACAUGUACUUGAACAGCCGCUGCGAAUCAAAGGACAACACAAGCGUAGCGGACGUAGAGUCGCACUAUAUUACGACCCACGAGAUUCAGCUGACGGAGCUAGAUCACGAUGUGGAUUACGAGUUUGGUCGGGGAUCGUGCUGGGAUUUCGAGGAUGACAAUCUGGUAUAUUCGUUUGUUGACUACGCAUCGUUUGACAGCGACGAGACGACUCUUGGAAGAAUCCAAAGCAAGUCCAAGAGCAAUAAAGUUCCUCCCACUUUACGCGCGGCGAAGCUUUCCGCCACAGGUGCUCUGGUCAGCACCGAAAGUGAACUUUGCGAAUCUGAUAAAUGUGCCAGCUCGGAUGAGGGCGCCGGACAGCUUGGAAAUUCGUCCGGGCAUAUUCACCUGUCAAUCAAAACGUCCUCGCGGGCGGUCAACGAACCUGCCGGUGUUUCAGGACAGAGGAAUGUCCGUUUUCACACCAGACGUGCAGCUGAGCGGAGUCAUUAUUCAUUUAAAAGCUCCGACUCCAAAAGCGAGACCCUGUUUGACCGCUACUUUAUCCCACCUCCCGGUCGCCAGCACCUUGCGAGCAAACUGAGGGGAAAAGACAUCAACGAAUAUUCCAGCGGCGCGUCCAGUUCCGUCAGCGAACUGGAUGACGCGGAUAAAGAGGUGCGUAAUCUCACCGCGCGUUCCUUCCGGAGUUUGGCUUGUCCUUACUUUGAUGCCAUAAAUCUGAGCAGCUCGAGUGAAUCCUCGGUGUCAGAACACGGGCUGAGCAUUAACAAAUGGUCCGCUUUCGUCGACUUAAAUUACGGGAAUUUGACACGUGAGGCGCACAAAAACUCUACGCCUAUUAUGGAGGGAAAUAAAAGCAACGAGUGUGCAAACAUAAACGACGAGGUUCAAACCAACACACCUAGCCCUCAAACUAAAAUUGUGUCGCUGAAAAAUAACUUGAACUCGCAACAGGCGUCUAAGAAAAUUGAGUUACGAAGCAAACCGGGUGAGACCAUCACACUUACUGAAACCUUGAACUUCAAUUGUAACGUCGGCGCAGGGAUACCUGCGCGGGAAAGGCGCGCAAAACGCGCGCUGAAUGCCGUGAUGUCACGUUCCACAGCUGAUGUUACGGGCACCACGCCAGUUAAAACGGGGUGUGAAGCGGAAAGUCCGUUCGGUGAAACUUCUGAAGAAGCCCACAAAAAAGCCAUCUUUGCCUCUAGUCUUUUGAAAAACGUAAUUUCCAAGAAAAUGCAGUUUGAGCAAGAGCGUAAAAUGGAGAGAGGUGAGAUAACCGAUACGUAUCCCGUGCCAUCAGUGUGCAAAGAGAGUGUGAAAGGCUUACAAAGACAGAUUUCAGACAGUGCCUCAGGACACUCUCAAGAGGAACUAGUUGAUGCAACAGACCAGCCUCAAGAGAAUCCAUGUGCUGCUGAGUCACCCUGUGACCCAGAAAUGACCUCUAAAUCAGACCCAAGCGAACCACUAAAGCCUCCCUUUCUAAAGAGUGCUUUCAAAACCUGGAAAGAUGGAGAACAGGAUAUGCAAGGUGAUGGAGAAUCCCAGUGCGCACCGGAGGAGGAGUCGCCAAUGCCAGACACCUCAAUUAGACCUGUGAUGGAAAGCAGUGAAAGUGUUGAGGGUGAGAGCAGUAAGAUGAUUAAGAUGUCUCACUUGUAUGUCCCUAGCUCGCAGCUUAUGCCUAAGGAAAAGGAAGCUGCCGGGCUUUCAUUACAUAAUCUGAAAGUGACUGGAGAUCUUGCCGAGUCAGAUGGGGGAGGGUGCGGAAAACUGAGCUCUGGCCAGAUCUGUAGCCCUGCGGACACAGACCAAACCUCACAGUGUCAAAAAGCCCCCGAAAUUAAAAUACGCCUGCGAAGCGUUAAAGAAAACAAAAGCAAUCAGUUCAAUAUCACCAAUCUGUUAACGCCUAACAUCCAUCAUGGCACCAAUGCUAAAAAGGCGACGAGCGAAUCUAAAAGCCAUUCGUUGACCAUACCAGACAAAGUGCCACAUUUUAUGGUGAGGGAUAUUAGAGAUAGUAAGUGUAAGUUCCAGACACCUAUUCACCAGGUUAGAGAUGUGCGCAAAUUGGUAAAAAGCUCAUAUCGGUUCGUAGCGCUAGAAAAUGCUUCCGGGAUGGCAUCCACACCAUUACGAGAGGAGAGCAAACCUGUUAAUCGGGGACCUGACAAGAAACCAUUUCCUACACCAAUGGUCAUAAAAUGCCAGUCUGUGAACACAAACAAUGCUGUAAAACCCUCCGAGCCUGUGGGUGAAAUGGCAAGAUUAUCGCCUAAUCUCUCAGAUGGGCCUACUAAAAGUGAAACCGUUCGCGCCGCACCCAGAGUGCCAUGCACUAAGCAACCCGUGUCUGAACAACCAGAGUUUAGCUUAAAAAUCGAUGCUAAAGCGGCAAAACGAAAACCAGAAAAAUCAACAGAAGGCAGCGAGAAGAAACCCGAGUCGAAGGUUUCAAAUCAAAUAGCUCUUGAAAAGUUAAAGGCAGCUGUGAAAACUAUGGAGCAACUGUACGUUUUCGAUAGGAACGAAUGGAAGCGCAAAACCCAAGCCCCGCGACCAAUCACGGACAGCCACGUGCUGUCGCUCAUCACGCGAGAGGAGCAAGGAGUCAUGACCAAAACGGACUUUGAGAACGAAUAUGGGAAAGCGGACACUAGCUCACAGCUGCACGCUGAACAGUCGACCACAACCUCCGGUGUUGACGAGGAUAAAAUGUGUAUGCCAACAGGUCAGGAAGACACGGCUAGGUUAGAAACCCAAAGGGCAGAUUCUUUCAACGACAAGUGCGUUUUUAGUCACGGCAGUAACCUCAAAGCACCUACACGUACAACUCCAACAAAUGAUGGCACUCAGCAAAUGCUUUCCACCCUUCAAUCUCACAAAGCUCCUGUGUCGCUGAAAAUCUGUCCUUCUAAAUCAAAAAGUGAGGAAAAGCACCAGAAAGAGCACCAACAGACAGAUUCAGACAAUUACCUAACAAUCCCUGUUAAAGCCCACACUUCUGAUUCGAAACCCUCACAGACACAAGGCUCGCACCCAAAGCCUUCCCAUCAGCCCUUGCAACGCUCACCUAUUGUAAUGGAGUCUUGGUCUCCUGAUAGUCAAACAGCCACGAUAUAUCAUCACGCCAUGCCCCUGCCAGCUGUACCUGCCCCUCAACCACAGCUGCUCUGCUUCACACCACCGGCGGACGUCCCGCCGCCUCACAUCCAGCGCAAGCUCCUGUUGGACCCCGCCACUGGCCAGUACUACUUAGUGGACACCCCUGUGCCCAUGCAGCCAGCCGCCCAGCGCUUUUACCAUCCUGAGACUGGUCAGUACUUGGACAUUCCGUUAUCACUCACCCCAGUGCCUGUGUCUGUCUCGCCGGUCGCCCUCAGUCCUGCGGCAGCUUAUCCCCCCACCUAUUUGGUCUACCCCUCGACCCUGAUGCCACCCCAUCCACACCCGGUCCCCCAGUCCCACUCAUCCACCUGCUCGGAGGGUGAGGACACGGUCGAGACGGGCAGUAUGUAUCUGAUUCCGCAGGGCACCGCAGUUCCCAGUAGCACCAACAAACCGGUCAUCAGCAUUACAUCCCAGCAAGGUGCACGUAUUGUUGCUCCUCCCUCCUUUGAUGGCACAACUAUGAGCUUUGUGGUGGAGCAUCGGUAACGGAAGGAUGGUCUUUGUCUGUCUGUCGGAGUGUGUCCUCCUCCCACUCCCCAAAAAAAAUUCCUCAGACAUGUUUCACAGUUUCCCACAUCUGUCUUCAUCAAUUCCUACCCGGUGUUGCCUCGUGAUCUGUGACUUUUGCAAUGUUCAAAAGCUAAAGAGGAAACAUUUUAAGCAGUUUUACAAACUUGUGUAACAUUUGCUGUUUAUGUAGUUUGUAGACUUUUUGAGGCAACUAUUUUUGUUCAUCCAGCACUGCAUAAUUAAGCCAAAGUUUUCAAGUUAUCAUUUUUGUAUAAAGUGUUUGUAUUUUUACAUUUUUAUGGACUCCUUUUUACCUACCUGUAGUAGGUAGUAGCAAGUUCUGACUGAGUGAAGCAUGGCUUGUGUGAACGAGAGAGAAAAAGAGAUAGAGAAAGAUUUUGUGUGUUGUGUAUGUGAGAGAGACGGAGUAAAUGUGUGUCUGUUUCCUCUCACUGUGAUGAGAAUUAUGAUAAUAGCGACGGAUCAUUGGGGAGUUCUGUAUGUCAGUGUAUAAUAAUAAUGCUUGAACUGAAAAUACUUGUACAUUUAAAAACUGUCUCAAUCUUGUACUUAUGUUGCCAAUUACCUCAGUUUGCAGUGCAGGCAUGUUGCUGUCUCACAGUAUUAUGCUCCUUAUGCUUUUGUUCUGUUUUACCCUUCUUUUCCAUCAUCUGUCCUCCCUGUUCAUUUUCUUUUUGUCUUUUUUGUUACAUUGAUCACAUAUUAAAGGUAUAUGGAUCUGCAGGCCAAUCUAUGUACCAAUUUUAGAAGGAAUGCAUUGUUAUUUUUGUCAGCGUAACAUAUGCUUACUAUAAAUGUGAUAUUCAAAUUAAUCCCAUAAAGAUUGGUUAAAGGGAUAGUUCACCCCAAAAUAAAAAUUCAGUCAUUAAUUACUCACCCUCAUGUCGUUCCAAACCCAUAAGAUCUUCGUUCAUCUUCAGAAGACAAAUGAAGAUAUUUUUGAUGAAAUCCGAGUUUUCUGACCCUGCAUAAACAGCAAUGGUACAAUGUUCAAGGCCCAGAAAGGUAGUAAAGACAUUAAUAAAAAAGUACUAAUAGUAAUAAUCAAUUACAGAAUUUUCAUUUUUGGGUGAACUAUUAAAAAUUUCAUAUAAUAAUCAAAAAAUAACCAGCACAUAUUGCUUUAUCAUGAAAGCUGCUACCACUUAAAAAUAUGACCAGAGAAAAACUAAUUAAAUAUAAUUUAUAAUAUUAUAUGGUAUUAGACACAUAUUCUAUUAUUAAGUCAUAACACGACACAAAUUAAGAUGCUACAACCUGCUUAAUAACAAUAAAUUAUAACACAAUGAGUAUUUUAAUUUUUUUUUCUGAGUAUUCUGAAAGAGAAUAAUGUGAAUACUAGCCUAUAUACACUGCGUUUCAAAAGUUUGGAAUCAGUAAGAUUUUUUCUGCUU